AGAGCGACGCUCUGGCUGCCGAUUCGGGACGCUUCUCCAGAGCUCCAGCGGCUUUGGACCAGUGCAACUUCAGCUAUCGGAACAGAUGUAGGCAAGGCUAAAGUUAUCUGGAUCGCGUGGCGGGUUAAACGAACUCUACGGUUAGUUUGUGCGCGAUUAUUUGGCUGAAUACGAAAAAAUGCUGCAUUGAACCAUUUAAUAUUUAUUUGGAGCGUCGUUGGUGCCUGGCAAAAAAACAAACGCAUUUGGAUAAAACACUGGUUUAUGGGCAGAAAUUUGUUUGCUUACCGUUCAAAAAAAUUCAACAUGCCUGUCGGCGGAAGAGUUGCAGGAAAAGUGAGCGGGAUCGUCUCCAAUAAUUACAAUGGUCGCUCCUAUCAGGGCAUCAAUGAGGAGAUAAUCUGGGUCAGCAUUGGAAUGGGAAUCGCUAUCGCCGUUCUAAUCACGGUGGCCCUUUGCUACAUAAUGAGGGAAAAGUGCGUCCAGAGGAGAGAGUAUUACAUAACAGCAUGAACAAUCGUGCCAGUGUGAAGUGCAUUGGCCCAAUCAAAUUUCAACAAUUAUUGAUCAGAUUUGAAUUAAGUUGGAAACCUGGUUCUCUAAUUAGCCAACGUGAAAUGUAUGAGCGGAACAAGGCAGAGUUGAAAAGGCGUGUGUUAGAAAGAGAAAAUUACUCGAGCGCAGCAUUUUCCUCUUGCUCCAAUACACGCAUUUAGGGCUGCGCUUUGUUGCACUCAUGCUUUAUUGGCCAAAAACUUAGGCAACCAAAGUUUCCCUUCAGAAUAUUUAGUUUAGUCGCAAAUGCCUAGUAAUAUAACUAGCAGGAUUGCGCUGAAUACCUAGAAUGUAUUUAGCUUUAUUUUAGAGUUCAUCUAAAAGUUAAAAACCUGAUCAGACAGCUAAUUCUACUGCUGAUUAACCUAGAAAAAAUUAGUUCUCAUGAUCAUUUGCAACAUUUCAUCUCACAACAUUAGAAUUAGGUGCAUGCACUUUAGAAGUUCAAAAACUUCAGUUCGUUAUAGGCGACGAAAUGUCGAAAAGAGCACAUUGACUAUGAAUUAUUUUGUAACUCUUGUCUCAUGUACAUAGUGUACUUUUGAACUCACCGUGUAAAAAGUUCUUAAUACGCUUUAGUCGUUUUAGAUUUACACUUGUAUAACAGGGUGGUUAGUGUUUAAGAACUAACAUGUUUUUACGCGGUAUUUCUACAAAAAAAUGGUCUGGGGUUUAUCUUUUAUGAAAACAAACAAAAACUAAUAAAAUGAAUCCAUUUUCCCAGUGAACUUGAAUGUUUUCAAGCUGUGCAAACAUGCAGUUAUUUUGUGAAUGUUUUACAGUAGAAAUCACUUUAACAGCGAUUUUUAAUGGCGGCAGCAAAUGCAAGCAAUGCGGGAACUAUUCGAAUUUUGCCCUUAUUGCGCUGCUGAAAGCGAUGAAUUUUCUUCGAGUAAUAAAGCACAAAACCCAACGUUUCCACAAAAUUUAA